UUUUGAUUAUUACACCCAACACAACUGCAUGCCGUUGAGUUCAAUUAUUGUACUAGUAGUCCUUGGGUAUAUUGUAUUGAAUUUGUGAUAUUUGGCCGUGGUUACCGUUUACCUUGUCAAAAUUGACAUUUUAUAUAAACUAUUAAUUAUAACAAAAUAGCACUCUUGGUUGCUCAUCAUUCAAAGAAAGAAGAAACAAGAACAAAGACCAGUCAUAUAAUCAUUCAUACGUUACCUAAAAAGGCUAAAACUUGACGUGGUUUAUAAAAUUAUAGGAAAGACAAAAUAAAAAAUAAAAAAUAUAUACCUAAUGGUUUGUCGAUCGAAUAUGACCUUUCAAGACAAAUUUACAUGGUAAUAUCUAUUUUGUUUUCAUAUAGGACCAUCUAAUCUGUUUGUCAUUCUCAUUCUGGUUUUUGGCUUCAAUAGCCGGCCUUGAUUAGUAUACAGCUCAACCGAUCAUUCGCAGUAAAACAUAAAUUAGUAGAUCGUUAUUGCAGCACAGGUCCCAUGUUUAAACGCGUAGUCUUCAUUUUACCAGCCAGCCUUUUCUAAUCGAUUUAAGUAUUGAUCAAAGCGCGACCAUCGUCAACACUUCGCCGAAAUCAGCUUGUAGAUUAACGUUACAAUGGCAGUUGCUGUUCCGGGAGAGAGAACUUUGGCGGAAACUCCGACUUGGGCAGUGGCUGUUGUUUGUGCAGUUUUUGUGAUAAUCUCAGUAAUCAUCGAACAUGGAAUUCAUAUUCUUGGAAAGAUUUUUCAAAAGCGGCAGAAGAAAGCCAUGAUUGAGGCGCUGGAGAAGAUAAAAGCAGAAUUAAUGUUGCUGGGAUUCCUUUCCUUGCUUUUAACUGUUGGUACAACUUACAUAGCAAAGAUAUGUAUUCCAAUAAGUGCUGGAAGUAUUAUGCUCCCGUGUCGUAAAGAUGAUGAUGAUGAUCUUGGAAAAGCAAAAAAGGGCAAUGGAAAAGGUGACGAUGAUGGGGAUCACAAGAGGAAGUUAUUAGGGAUGGCCGAGGAAUUUGUAUGGCGUCGAGCGUUAGCUCCUGCUGCCGGCGGGGAAGAUUACUGUGGCGCCAAGGGGAAAGUAUCGUUGAUCUCAUAUUCAGGGGUGCACCAACUUCAUAUAUUUAUAUUCGUCCUCGCCGUAUUUCAUAUUCUUUACAGUGUCAUCACUAUGGUUCUUGCACAAGCUAAAGAUGUGGAUGUCAAUCAUCAGAUGAAGAAAUGGAAAGCAUGGGAAUCAGAAACGACUUCGUUAGAAUAUCAAUACGCAAAUGAUCCUGCAAGAUUUAGGUUUACACAUCAAACUUCUUUUGUGAAGCGUCACUCGGGAGUCUCCACAAAACCUGGAAUCAGAUGGGUUGUUGCAUUUCUCAGGCAAUUCUUCGGAUCCAUAAACAAGGUGGAUUACUUGACAAUGCCAAACGGAUUCAUCAACGCUCAUUUUGCUCCAAACAGCAGAUUUGACUUCCACAAGUACAUCAAGAGAUCCCUCGAAGACGAUUUCAAAGUAGUUGUUGGCAUAAGUGUACCAUUGUGGUGUUUCGCUAUCAUAUUUUUGCUGCUCAACGUUUACAAAUGGCACACACCCUACUGGAUAUCUCUCGUACCUCUUUUUAUACUUCUAGUAGUUGGAACCAAGCUAGAAAUGGUAAUCAUGGAGAUGGCACUUCAAAUUCAAGAUAGAAGCAGCGUUGUCUCUGGGUCUCCUAUUGUAGAACCUAACAACAAUUUGUUCUGGUUCAACAAUCCCCGAUGGAUUCUUUACUUAAUUCAAUUCAUAUUAUUUCAGAACGCAUUUCAGAUGGCUUACUUUUUGUGGAGUUGGUAUGAGUUCACCUUAAAAUCAUGCUUCAACGAAAACUUGCCAGCCAUUUUGAUAAGAGUUUUCCUCGGUCUCACACUUCAAAUCUUAUGCAGUUAUAUCACUUUCCCCUUGUAUGCCUUGGUGACGCAAAUGGGAUCGCAUACGAAGACAGCUAUCUUUGAAGAGCAUACAACAAAAGCACUUAAAAAAUGGAGAAAAGCGGAGGAUAGGAGCAAAGCGACGAGACCCGGGGAUGAUGGUUCUAGGUCCGGGUACUUGAGUGGUGAUAAUACCCCGAGUAUUGGUUCAUCCCCGGUACAUUUGCUUCAUAAAGUGAAACACAAUUCUACUGAUAUCGAAAGUUUCGCGAAUUCUCCACGUUCAUAUCAGUCUGAUACUGAUCUAUCAGAUUAUGAAGGACCGUCACCGGUGUCACGUGAACAAUACCGCGGAUCAGGAAAACAAGAACACCAACGUAAUCAUCAAAAUUUUAAUGGGGAUAAAGAAAUUCAUAGUGCUGAUUUUUCAUUUGAUAAACCUUAAAACUGGAGAUCGAAAUUUCGGAAUGAACAUGUAUUCAUCAGUUUCUUCAUGAUUAAAUAGUUUUGGUAUAUCAAAUUAGACUAAUUACAUCAAAUUUACUUAAUUGUUCAAUAAAUAAAAUCAGUACUUU